AACAAUUUGAGUAUUUCUUAAGUCUUUUUACGUAUAAUCAUAACUACAACUUAGUUAUUGUUGAAUUGCAGUAGAGAUGGAUCCAGUGUACUGACGAUACAGGCGGAUCACAUGAGCAGUGUACUAUGGGAUGUCCAGGUGUUCGACGUGGAGACCAUAUACACCAGGCAUCCCGACUCUGCUUCGUGGGCCAUUGACGCACGAGUCAUCCCCUACCUUCAGCGAGCGAGGUUGUACGACUUCCACCUCAUUGCUUAUGAGAGAGUCGAUCGGGCGCUAGUCACGGUUUUAGUCGAGCAGUGGCGCCAAGAGACACAUACCUUCCACCUACCUCUAGGUGAGGCUAUUGUCACUUUACUUGACGUAACUGUGCUUACACGGCUUCUCAUCGAGGGACAUGCCAUCUGCACCGUUGGACGCGAACUCAAAAGUUGGCAAGAUAAAGUCCAUAGGUUAUUAGGAGUCCGACCUCCCGUAGAGGUAGCCAAAGAGAGUGCAUUGCGCGUAACAUGGCUUGCGCAGAACUUCUCGCACCUUCCUAAAGGUGCUGAUGAGGCUACCGUUAAGGCGUAUCUCUUAUAUCUGAUUGGUUUUGUCUUGUUCUACGACAAGACUGGCAACAGGGUACAGCUUUUGUACUUGACGUUGCUUGAUGCGCCAUGGGAGGUCAUCUCCGGUUACAGCUGGGGUUCCGCAGCCCUAGCUUAUAUGUCUAGAAGACUGUGUGAAGCUUCACGGAAGAACGUGAAAGAGAUCGUUGGGCCUCUGAUUAUUCUCCAGGUAAUACUAACUUUACAUGUUAACGCUUUAUUUCUUAAUUUGUUUUUAUGUUUCGUUUACUUUCUUAUAUCUGUAAUUCAUAGCUUUGGGCGUGGGAGCAUUUUCACGUGUAGUUUCGACGGGACCCUUACCCUGCUGAGGCAUACGCUGCAUUGCCUCAGCACUCAGGCAUCUUGUCAGGGGCGUAGAGAGCCUCUGUACCUUUAAUAUGCUUCAAUAUAGUCGAAGUGCAUCUCCUUGAGCGCGUACUGCGCCAAUUUGGGAUGGUAUAGGACAUCCCGCCGCCUUGUGACAUAGUGACGAAUCUCCAUCACAGCUUACGCAAGGGUCAGGAGCCCAAGAACUGGUUGGAGAUCAACUGGCGCCAUAUAGCUCGUUGGGAUCACAAGCUGGAGCUACUGGCCCAAGGUGCGCCGAUCGAGGUUGUAGGCGCACCUUCUUCGGCGGAUUAUAUGCCGUGGUUCCUCUCCAUCACUCGUCGAUGGAUGACACCACGAGGUAUUAUCGCGGCAGCCCAGUACGCUCCCGCAGCACCGACGAUGACACAGUUUGCACAGGGCAUUCCAUCUGUCAUCAGCUCCACCCAAGAGGAGCCUGUACGAAAGAUUGCCCAAGGCAUACUCCUAGGGACAAAGUUUCAGCACUUCAUUCCAGAAGUCGUGUGCCCGACACCACUAUGGACGAGCAGGGGUCAUCUCCUCAUCAUGCCGACGUUCAUCUUGAGGAGGUAGACUUAACGUGCCCCGACUAUGGUGUCAGGUCCUUACAGAGUGCUGGAUCAUCAUAGUAUCAAUCACCUCCCCUACCCGAGCGUUGUAGGAGGCGUCGUAAACCGUCACAGUUAGACAGGGUACAGAAAGAGGAUUAGCAUUAGUAUACUGUUUGUAUAUAUUGAACAUUAGUGACAUUUUGUAUAUAUUGAACAUUUGUUCAUAUUCAAUAUUUGUAACAUUUGGACUUUUGUGUAUAAUUUG